CUUUAGGUUAGGAUUAUGUUAAGGUUCAGCAUUGAAUUAGAUUAGGAUUAGUGCAUGUUAGCAUAAAGGUUGGAAUAGAAGUUUGAUUGGAAUAGAAAUGGAUGUAUUUAAAGUUUUUAUAUUUUAAUAUGAAAAUUCAUCCAGCAUCCGGUCCACUCGCUCGAGGGAGAAUCUGCUGGACAGCAUAGUGAUAAAACUAUCGAAAAAAAUAUUAUGAUUUUUCUACUUUCGUGUCCGCUAGAUUGUGGAGAAGCCAUUGGCAUUGGUCAAGGUGAAAUACCAGAUGACGAUAUUACUGCUUCUUCGUCGUAUGAUGAUCUAUCACAAGGUGCACGUGGACGACUCGAUAUUAAAUAUCAGCCACCACGGAAAUCAGGAUGGUGCGCCAGAGUUAAUAAUCAAAAUCAAUAUCUACAGAUUGACUUAGGUAAGAAAUUCGUGCUAAAUAAUCAAUUUACGAGCAAGGCUACAAAUUGAGAACGAGGAAAACCGGCGGAGAGCACGGAGGAAGACUCGACGGAAGUACAGGAGAAAACCAGCCAAACUCUACGAGUUUUCACGCAGCUUCAAGCGCACGAGUAUUCACGCAGCUUCAAGCGCACAGUCACAGAAGUUACCCAAUCUACCCUACUAAGUAACUACCCUUCCCUCGGGCAGCGCUAACCUCGUCUGCCAUGAUGUACAUACCCGUCCUCUCUGUCAAUUGUUUUCCCCUGAUGCAUGUAUUAUUUUGCAGAAGUUGAUAGUGAACUUACUGGUGUAGCCACACAAGGUCGAGGUAGAGAGCCUUACAGUCAUUGGGUUACCAAGUAUUAUGUUUCACUUCGUGAAGAAGAAGGUCCUUGGUUUAACUUUACUAGACCAAAACAAGCUAAACCUGUGGUAUGUUGUACUAGUUAAAGUACCGUGUACGUUAGAUCAGUGGUACGUGGGGUUGGUGAUGCAGUGAAUCAGUGAUUAAUCCAUCGGUACAUGAGAUUUACCGCUGUCUGCUGCAACCGGGGUUUCAGCAUUCCUGCUAUUUGCAGUUCUCCCACAUGCAUGCGAGAUGAGUGCUUUUCGCUUGACUCUGGCAAACACCGCACUCAUAUUUUCUCUCGGUACUCUAUAGUUAUGAAAUAAUACUAGGCCAUAAUGGUAAGGGCUAUUACUGAAUCUCUGGGGAGGAAAGUUUUAAGCUGACCGAUAUAUCCAUUAAAUAAUUAAAGCCAGUUCAAUAUGGUAUAUUUUAGUACAAUAUUUUAGAAUAUUCAAUAUAAAGUUAUAGUACAAUAUUUUAGAAUCCAAGAUUUGGCAUGCAGCAUGCUAUUUCUCAUGAGUUUAACCUUGCAAUUUUCCAAUAUAACAACAUUAGCAACUCUGGAACAGUUUUAAGAGGUGAACAUGUUCACAAUUAGCAUUAGAAAUACAAUAAUUGUUUUACAAAUUUCAAUUUCUCUAGAUUUUCACUGGCAACUCAGAUUCAUUUUCAACAGUAUUUCACUCCUUCAAUCGUACUGUUAAAGUAAGAUACGUGAGAUUUCAUCCCGUUGAAUGGAAUGUUCAAAUCUGCAUGCGUGUUGAACUCUAUGGAUGCCUUGGUAAGUGGGUUACCGCGUAGUUUAAGCCAAGGAUAAACUAUGAGCCGCAGAUAACUAAAGAUUGUAUCUUCUCACAAGAAACUUCGUCAUUAAUUUGAAGAUACUUAAUGACGCAAAUUACUACUUCUAAACACAUUUACAGAUUCACGCUGGCAUGAGCUAUGUUUUAACUCGCUUUCAAUAACUCAGUUUAACUGAUGUUUAGAUGCAAGGGAUGUUUACACGAGUAAGCAUGCAGUAGGGCGGUUCAAGUAAAUCGAUGUUGGGCAUAUUGGCAUCUAUUCCAUGAUUGAAAUUUCUAUUACAGUACACAGUAUAUAUAGAUGUUUUUUUUUGUAAUGAUGUUUUUUUUUGUUCAUACGACAGUCAUUUUGGGUAUUGUAUAUUAAAUAGGUGCAUAUUAAACAGUCUAUAUAAAUGCACUAAUGUGCCCACAUGCACCAUUUUAUUCCGGAGAUUUUAUUUGACAGAAGCCGACUGCAUGGAUUGCUUUGACUGUAUUUCAUCUUCAAAGCGUCACAACUAAACCAUACAUAUAUUGGCCGUUUUUAUACUAGAGACGGAUUAUGCGUCUGGACGCAUAAUCCGUCUUCUACAUUAUUCGUCUAGUAUAAAGACGCGGGACGGGACGAAUAAUUACUAGACGAAUAAUGUGGAAGACGGAUUAUGCGUCCAGACGCAUAAUGCGUCUCUAGUAUAAAGACGCAUUAUGCGUCUAGACGAACUAUCAUCGGUUGUGCGUCUCUUAAGACGAAGAAUCGAAGAUAGUUCGUCUAGACGCAUAAUGCGUCUUGUGCCGCCGUCUUUAUACUGAGGACGCAUAACCAGACGAACAACAAAUGCUUGCCCAAGUUCGUCCAGACGCAUAAUGCGUCUCUAGUAUAAAAACGGCCAUUGAUACUUUGAUAUAUAUCGUAGAAAAUCUUCACUAGCACAUUACUUAGUAUGCUUAAACUUGGAUACAGUUCCUAAACAUCUCUCCACGUUAGUUUUCUCUUUUUCUUUACUGUGGGCUUUGGCUUACACUUGCAAGCAAGAGGUUUGACUUUGAACAAUUUCUUCUGGCCAUAAAUUUAUCACAGUUCUUGUAUAGCUUCCUACAAUGUAUUUUUGCGAUGUGUGAAACAAGACGCGUGCGAUAGUUGGAUCGCGGCCCAUUUUUUUGGCGGGCCGAGACUAUAUUAUAGCUCUUGUGAGGACGUGACGGCCCACCUAAAAUUUUGGGUUUCAUUUAAUUUUGCAUUUGCACGACAAAAAUCAGGAGUGCCGUGCCCAACAAAUGUGUUCGGUGCCAAAAUUUAAGCGCGCCCUGCCCAAAAUGACUGUCGUGUAAACGAGCCUAGAAUUUUUUCGCUUGGCAGAAAUUGAAUCUGCGGUCCUGCGAUUCCGGUGCAGUACUCAGACUACUGAGCUAUGUAUAGAGAUACUGGUGGAGAUCAGUGCCGCUCUGAGCACUGGACUCUGUAGCUCUGUGCUCAUGCAGAGUGCUGCACCGGAAUCACAUGGCCAAGCUUCAAUUUCUUAAUUUUGCCUAAAACUGUAUUUUUUACAGCUGCUCCCGGUCAGUCUAAAAAAAUGUGUAUACAUGCAUUUUCGCUCGAACUUUCUAUGCGAGAUGUCCCAAAUCCUGAUAUUUACCUGUUGUAUACAGUGUGGUCUCUCAUGCAUUCCACCUCAAUUGUUUUCUGUGACUUUUAUAGGAAGAAAACUAGUGAUUGAAGACGAUGGUAAGUAGAUUUUAUUCAUGCUUAUACUUCAUAUAACUCUAUUGUGGUAUCAUGGUGAAGUAGUAUAAUGUAAGCAUAGAAUGGAAGGUAAUCAAGCAUAUGAGAGUUAUAACCUGAUCAGUGGUUAUAACUGAGAAUGGAUUGGUGGUGAUGGCAUAAACAACUGCAGACGUUAAUUCAUCUUUUUUAUUUGGGUUUACAAACAUUCACGCAGAACAUUGCAUGCUGAAAGCUCAAGCUGAUUUUAACUAUUCCUAUUUAUUUCACUCCUAGAUUUACUCAUCAUGUUUAUCAUUCUGUUGGCUUUUGUAUGCUUCUUCUUCAUACUUUUAUUAAUCCUCUUGUUGACCAUGAGACGACUAUUAAAACUUCUGGAAAGGUUUGUAUAGCUAUACGAAUCAUUUUUAAUGACGGCAAAUCAUUUUUCGAGUAAUGUAUAGAGUUGCAUCUAGCUAUAGGCAGCCAUAAUAUAGUCAAGAGAAUAAGGACGGUUAUAGGAAAUUCGAAAAAAUACAAUAUAACUCAAUAUCUAUGUUGGUUCACGUUUAUGCAAAGGAUAUCGUCGCUUCAUUGUUAUACAGCUAUUUCAAUUAAGGUUGUCCCCGAGCAAAGCGGAAAAGUCGAAUACGAGCGCGAAAGGGACAACCUUAAUUGAAAUAGCUGUAUGCAUGAAUGUAAUCAGUUAAUUGUGUUUAAUUAGAAAUUUAUAAAAUAGAAUUUUAAUGUAAUUGUGAGGAGGGGCGCUUUGCAAGAAUCUAAACAUCCCGUUCGUAUACUUAUAUAUAAUGUAAUAAUAGUGAUAUGUAAUAGUCUGACCGCCAAUUUGCAGUGGCGUAAUCAGACCUUCAUUUUUGGAGGGGCGAAGCUCACGCCUAAGGCGUGAGACCGUCUAGGGGGGGGGGGGGAUUCCGGGGCAUACACCCUCUGGAAAAUUUUGAAAUCUAGAGUCCCUGAAAUGCGAUUGCAAGCAUUUUGGGGGUGAAAUCUAGCAGAAUUCCGAAGAUUAUAAGUACAUCGAAAACAUGAAUUUCCCCAGACAUUUCUACUCGGAAUUAAAUAAAUUUUAUAGAUUUUUAGCAUGUCAAGGGCAGAUAAGGAUUAUAUUACCAUGUUUUCCUGGACGAAUUUGUUUCUUGCUAUUCUUAGGUUCAAUAAUUAAGUAAUUGUCAACCCUACUAAGCCUGACUCGUCCCCAGUCGUCCCUGCGCGCGCUUUCCAAUUCGCACGUGCUCACAGAGACGAGUCAGCUACUAAGCACAAAACAUGAGUAUUUGACAUGAAAACGAGGCCAUUGGGUAAAAGAGAAUAAUCGGUAAGGUCUAUUACUCUUAUAUAGACGAGCCGAUGACAAGACACGAUCUGAAAUCUCACUUCGAGAUAGCAUUGAUGGCGACAGACUGUUUAAACUAGAUCGUUCUACUGGUGAUACAUACAUUCCCGAGGAACCCACUCAGGGAACGUUCACCAAAACGAGCAAACAAGGUGGAACAAAUGGCAAAGACAAGCCUGUUUACGCAACAAUUCAGAAAUCUAAACAGAAAUCCAAGCCAGUUGAUGAUUAUGGUUAUACAGAACCCGAGACGAAGGAGAAAAAAGCAAAGAAACUCGGGGAUUCAACUGAUGCAAAAAUUAUCUUAGUUGAUGCUGAUGAAGAAGAUGAAAAACGUAGAAUUGUGGAAAGGAAGUCUAAGGAGGGUAAAAUGGAAACGAUUGAUCUUUAGUUUGGAAAGUUAAUACAGGAAGCACUUUUAAUUCUAACUUUAAAGUAAAUCGCAGCUAGCUCAGUUGGAAGAGUGCCGAGCAAGCAGUUCGAGGGACUUCGGUAAAAUUUAGUUAAUGCAUAUAAAUUUGCAUUUCGGAAAAUAAAAAAAUGUUUUAAUUAUAACCAAGUUUAUAUCUAUAGCCAAUUAUGCAUAUAUACGGAUCAAUUUCCGCAUUAACACAUCAUUUUAACAGCGAUUUCUCUCCUGAAACAGAGGGAGGAUUUAAAAUCAGCUCUGUGCUUGGCACUCACAAUACAUCCUUUCGAUAAUUACGUCAUUUAGCCUGGGAGCCUCGCUCUCAUCAAUCGUGAGCCAAUCACCUUGCGUAAUUUAUUAAUGAGGAGCGGCUCCAAGACCAAAAAGUAUGUGUGACGUAAUUAUAUUGAAAGGGUGUAUUCAAAAGAAAUUGGGCAAAGUAUUUCGAAAGCGAAAUUUUUGUUGCAAGUGGAAAUCCAGCUUAAACCCCUAUUCUUUUACAUUUCGGGCGAAAAGUGAUAAAGCCAUGUAUACACAGUUAAAUUAAAGUAACACCUGAUUCUAUGGGGGACAUGUUCUUUUGUUUCAAAGUUGAAGCGUUUUAUUCAUUGUUUUUGCAAUUUUAUGAAGAAGCAUGCUAUACCAUCAUUAAAAUUACUUCUCGUUAGAGAAACUGAAGAAAUGCCAACUAGACAAAAGACAAUAGUCUUCACCUUUUGUCGAGUUUGGGUAUUUCUUUAAAUUUCAAAAAAGGUAAAAAAUGGCCAAACGGCCUUGUCGUAUCGUGUUUUGAAAAUCAUGCUGACAUCAUCAAUAUAAUACAAGCUUUAUAGCUGUGUAUUUAAUUUUUGAACGUGAUGAAUACACUCACAGUACUUUAUGAAUAUUGUAAAAUAUUGAAAUAACAUAAAAUAUCAAGCUAUAAAUUUACAAUGUACAAUUUAAAGAUAACCAUAAUUUCACUUUCAAUCCCAUAUGAAUCUAAAUUGUCGUUGAUUCAAGCAGCAUGGUUGCAAAUAGCGGCUGCUGGCUUUGUUUUGGAAUUUAAGUGCAUCAAUUAUUAAAAUUUUCGAUAUAUAGAAGUAAAAUUGGUGCAAUCGCAUCUGUGCAGAAAUAAUAUCUGUCACUUAGUUAUCAAGACACUCCAUCACAUGAAUUUGAAGUGUGUCCAAAUCUGGAAAUGAUCCUUGACAUUUUGGGCAAAUCUUCCCUCCUACUGACCCAGUACUUUCUGAUUCCAAACAUCCGACCACAUGAGUCUGCAAUGUAUCAAGAUCGGGAAACAUUAAAUCGCAUUUCGGGCAACGGCCACCCGACACCUGUCUAUUGAUAUCAUUCUCGGCAUGGGGCUGAUGCGGACUAUUUCGUGCUACAGCUGGGCCUCGUGGUGCAAGGAAUUGAUCAUAAAAUCCGCUCCAGGGAUUGUUAUCGUUCCCGGGCUGUGGACCGCUACCACAGCCAUGACGACGUUGCAUUUCAGCCAAUUUGCUGCCAGUAGGGUCACUUGCUUCUUCUGUCAAACGUUCAUUAUCUGCAUGAAGUUUGGCGACUUCAUCUCUCAACUUCCUAUUGUCAUCUUCAACCUUUUGUCGUGUUUGUCUUUCUGUAUUAAAGUCGGCUUGGUAGACGUCAAGCUAAAUAAGAAGACGCAGAAAGUCAG